AAUAAAUAAUAAGGGACGUGUAGGAAAAAUUUUACUCUUCAACCCUCCUUAUUUUGUUGUUCUCUCUCCUCGUUCUUCUCAAACCAAACUAUGCAAAGAUAGAACUAGGGGUUGGCUUAUGGGAGCAGGGCCACCUGAUAUUUGCGAAACUCCUUGAUUAUCUGGUUUUUUUUUUUUUUUUUUUACUUUUAAACCUUUACAUGUUGCCCCCUACUGUUUUGUAUGCAAAAUAUGAAUUUGUAUGCAAAAUAUGACUUACUAAAAGAGUUGUUCAUGUUUUUUUUAAUCGACAAAAGUUGUUCAUGUUGUAGUCCAUUGUAUGUGAAAUCUUCGAUAUUCCGUCCCUAAAAUGAUGGAUUUUCUCUUCCCUUCCUUUUCACAAGUUCCAAUAAAAGCAUAAGCGCUCUUGUAAUUCUUCGCUUCAUUGCCUUGUACAAGACUGAAGGCACUAACGAAAUUUACUCUCUCUCUCUCUCUCUCUCUCUCUCCAAUUUACUUCGUCUCAACAAUGACUUCUUCUUCUUUUCUCUUGCUUUUCCUUCUCUCCAUUGCACUUCUCCGCUUUUACCAACCAAUUGUUCUUGCAAACGGAGACACCGAUUUGAUCCAAAAGACUUGCAAAAGCACCAAAUACUACGACUUAUGCUUAUCUUCUCUCAAAUCCGACCCAACGAGCCCUAAAGCAGACACAAAGGGCUUAGGAACAAUCAUGGUCGGCGUUGGAAUCGCUAAUGCAACUGCUACCGCCUCUUACUUGUCGUCACAAGUACUUAGCAUCAGUACCGAUACCUCAAUGAGAAAAGUCAUGAAGGAGUGUGCUGAUAAGUAUUCGUACGCCGUGAAUGCGCUCCAAUCUUCGAUUCAGGAUUUGAACUCGGAGAUGUACGACUAUGCUUACAUGCAUGUUAUGGCGGCCGCGGACUAUCCGAAUGCUUGUCACAAUGGGUUUAAGAGGUACGCGGGGUUGGCUUAUCCACCUAAGCUUGUGGGUAGAGAGGACGGGUUGAAGCAUAUUUGUGAUGUGGUUUUGAGUAUCAUUAAUCUUCUUGGAAGGUGAUUUUGAUCAGCUUAAUUUCACUCAAGCGAAUGGGACUUCUAAUCGCAUUCCCUUCUUCCGCUGCACGAUAUGGUAUCUUAUGGUGUAAACUGUAAAUUUUGGUUUUCCUUAAUUAUGUGUAUUUUAUUAUCUCUUUAAAUUAUGGGCAAUUACCUAUUGUGUACUUUUU